CGUACCACUCGCAUCCCAACGCACCCCAAAAACAAUAAGCAUCAUGAAGUGCAUCGCAGCUGUAGUCAUGGUCGCUUUGGCCGUUGCCGUCGAGGCUAACCCAACAACGGUUUACAGUGUGCCGACGCAAACCGUGGUCCAGCAGAACGUAGUGCCCCGCUACGUCACUGCCUACUCUGCUCCGGCCGUUACCUACGCCAGCCACGCCGUCGCUCCUGUCGCCGCUUACGCCGCCCCGUUGGCCUAUGCUGCCCAUAACACCGUCGUCCAGAGCCCGGUUGCUUACUCCGCUUACGCUGCUCCGGUCGCUUAUGCCAACCACCAGACCAGCUAUGUGCAUACCGUUCCGACCGUGUACGCUCAGGUCCAGAAGGAGGCCACCUAUGUUGCUGCUACCCGUGGUGCUGUCCACACUGCUCCCCUGGUCGGCCACGCCGUCAACCAGAAGUCGCUGAACGUGGAGCCGGCUCCCGGAACUCUGUAAAUCAUAUUACUCGACGCUGCGCAAUGAAUGCUGACGAUAUGGAAGGGUUAAAAGUUGUGUUUGAUUUUGAAUGCUCGCUGGCUCGAAAUAA